CAUGAGCCAGCUGCCCUCGUUUAGUGGAAAGGACCAUUUUGUUUCUUCUCGGAGACUGGACGAGCCGAGUCGAGCCGCCGCCGAGCGAGACUCAAUUCUUGAUGGCUUCCUCGUCGCCGGCCGAGAGCCCUUCCUCCGUUGCUCCAUCUACAUCCAUUGUCGCCGCCGGAGACUCGGGUUCUCCCAUGGGUCGCUACCUCAAUCGGAUCUCGAGGACCGUGCAGGACCGCCUCCCUUCUCUUGAUUCGCCCCUCGUCGCCGUGAUCUCUGACCUCUACCAGCGACUGUUGCCCACUCGGCGCCAACGCAGGCGUAGGCCAAGUCUCCCCCUCCCGCUGCAUUCCUACGCGGCUCAGCCUUCUCCAACUACUAUCAGGGUUGUAGAGGAUGUUAUGGAAUGUACCUUACGCUAUUUGCAUAGUGUUCAAAAAAGUUUGCACUUUUGGCAGACGAGAGCUGAGGGAACCAAUGCUCAGAAGAUUUAUUUCAUGAUUUUUGAAAGAGGACCUUUGGCCUUCAUCGAUGGCACGUAUGGAAUGUUAAGCAGACUUCGCACUGGUGGAUCCCCAAUCCAGAAUCUAUCUCAUGUUGCUUCCAGUACAAUAUCUCACAAGAUAGCUAUUUUAUCCGGUCUAAGUCAUCACCUGGCUAAUUUUCUUGCACAGGUUUAUUUGGAAGUUAACAAGCAUGGAGGAAUUUUACUGGAGGAUGUUGACAAGUCAUUGCCUUUAUUAUUGUUGAUGAUUAAUAACCAUUUCUUAAAAUUAGAAGGUUCAAUUACUCAAAUACAUGAAAAUUUCAAGGGUGAAAGGUUAUCUACUGUUGAUGAGAACAGCUCUUUUGCACUUCAAUUUGAGAAAAUACAUUAUGCGGAAGAACAAAAGAUUCAAUGGACAAAUACUGAGAUUAGGGAUGCUACAGAAGUGAUUCAAAAAAAUCUCCAGAGACUUGAAUUGUAUUUAGCCGGCAUUCUCUCCACAUGUGAAAAGCCAAAUAAAUUAUCAAUAUACUGGUUGCAUUACACAUGUGGUGCAAUUGGCCUGUCACUAUGUUCAAUGUGGCUCUUGCGACAUAGUAGUUUAAUGGGAAGCUCAGACAUAGAAAAUUGGAUCAAUGAAGCAAAAGAAUCUGCUGCAGGAUUUCUGAAGGAUCAUGUUGAACAGCCACUCAUUUCAAUCAGAGAUGAGCUCUUUGAAACAUUUAGGAGGAGACAUAAAGGUGUGAUGGAAGCAGAAGAGGUGCAACUGACAGCUGAAUCUUUACACAGGAUGUUGUUGGCUUUCUGUGAGCAAACAAAAGGUCAAAAGAUACCAGAUGAUAUUCCAGAUCAGCAAAUGUUGGAAAUGGUGAUGGCCAGAUAUGAAAAAGAGGUGAUGCAUCCCCUUCAAAAUUUGUUGAGUGGAGAGCUUGCUCGAGCGAUGCUUAUCCAGAUUCAAAAGCUGAAGCUGGAUCUUGAGACGGCAAUGCUUGAGCUAGAUCAGAUUCUUAAGGCCAACGAGAUUAAUUUUGCUAUCCUUGCUGCUUUGCCAGCCUUUGGUCUUUCGCUGCUUCUGCUUAUGUUGGUUAGAGCUUGGAUCAUGCAGGAUAAGGGCGCAGAAGGCAGAGGAAGAGUUGCUCGCAGGCAAAGAAGGCUUCUUGUUAUUGAAGUUGAGAAAAGACUAGUUGAGUUCCAAACUUGCAUGGACCAAGGAAAGGCAGAAGAUGCUCAAUCCAUGUAUGGUUUGAUGUUGUAUACUCUUGAUCUUCUAUAUAAGGCAGUAGAAAAGCAUGCUAAGGAAACCGGCGAGUGGAUAAGCUUGAGAGAAGAUAUCGUGGACCUAGCCAAGCCUGAUUUGAGCACCGUGCACAAGUUCGUCAUAACCUCAAGAAUGGGUCAGAUGUAUGAAUCAUUGCUCCCUUCUUCGCGACGGGUGUGAAGACUUUUUGUUUUUUUUUUCUGCUUUGGAUCAAUCCCUGUUCUUUCAUAAUUGGGGAUACAUCUUUCCUGAAAGCUGCCAUUCUCAUCUGUCCACUUACAAAUGCUCAGGUAGCUUCUGCAAGCAAGUCUUUCAUGCAUUUAUUUUUUUCAAGUUCAUGGGAAAGAUGUAAAUAGAGUGAUAAAUUUUGGGAUCAUUGUGAAAGAAUGCUUUCCACUACCCUACUACAAACGUUGCAGGUACCCUAGAAUCUAUUUUUUGUUUAUGAUGAA